AUGGCUCCCACCAACUUCAUUCGUCAUACCCUACUGAGCCCCUUGGCUCAGCAGCACUCCGUUCUCUCUCGCCGCGCCGACGCGGUUGCGAAGCCCUGGAAGCCCAUCGUCUUGCCCGGGUCCGACCGCAUCUUCAUUCCUUCGUUCCACGAGAUCACUCGUCGCUCCGAUGGCAGCGAUGGCCCCGACAAGAUGAUUAACCUCAUGCUUGUCAUCCUCGGCCUCGUCUUCUUGGCCCUCAUGCUCGCCUCCCUUCUCUUCCUUGCACAGCGCCGUCGCCGCCUCAUGCGCCAGCGCAUGCAGAGCCUAAACGCCCACAACGAGGUUAAGCAGACGUCCAACCACCGGGGGUUGACCAUCGAGACGUCUCACAACGGCCGCUCGAGCAUACUUUACAUCGGCCGUGACGGACAGCCAAUGCUGCAGAACCCCAACUCUCCGCCACAUUCGCCUGACAACGUCCCCGAAAUCCACAUCACUUUCCCCGAUGAGCAGGACGACCAGGGUCGCUCCCGGACAGGUCGCGUGCUCGUCGUGCGUGUCGGCGACAACGCUACUGUGGGCCUCGAGCCAAUGCAUGAGGAACAGUUGCCGGCGUACGAAAAGGAGGCCAAGGGCCAAUUCCAGUCUAUCGACAUGGACCAGAUUGGCGGUCUGAAGGAGAAGGACCGCAACCUGUUUCAAUGA